AUGGAUGAUUUAACAAUUGCUACCCAAAUGGACGUUCAUGGCGAGGAUGAUACACAAUGUAAAUCCAUAUUAGGUAUGGAAUUUGACUCUGAACAAUUAGCUUAUGAAUUUUAUAAUUCUUAUGGAGGAAGAGUUGGAUUUAGUAUUCGAAAAGAAUAUGCUCACAAAAGUAAGACCGGUGAAAUUACUUCAAGGACAUUUGUUUGUUCUAAGGAGGGUCUUAGAAAAUCUAAUAAAAGAGAUUUUGCUAUAAGGAUUCCUAGGCCGGAGACAAGGACCGGUUGUGGUGCUUUGAUGAGUAUUAAAUUAAUUAGGCAAAUUGGGAAGUAUAGAGUUAUCAAUUUUGUAGAAACACACAACCAUCCCCUUGUAGUAAGGGCAUGUGCUUAUAUGCUUCCUUCCCAAAGAAAAAUUUCCACCUCUCAAUAUAUUGAAAUAGAUUUAGCAGAUGACUGUGGGAUACCUCUUAGGUCAUCCUAUGAGUUAAUGGGUAGAGAGACAGGUGGAAGGGAAUGUGUUGGGUUUUUGAAAAACGAUCAAGAGAAUUAUUUAAGAACAAAAAAACAAAGAAUAUUGGAAUUUGGUGAAGCAGGGAGCAUAUUGAAGUAUUUUCAAGAUCAGACGGCACAAAAUCCUUCAUUCUUUUAUUCUGUGCAGUUGGAUAUUGAAGAGCAAAUAAAUAGUAUUUUUUGGACAUAUGCUAGAAUGAUAAUUGACUACGGUCAAUUUGGGGAUGAUGUAACAUGUGACACAACAUACAAGAUUAAUAGAGAGAGCCGACCUUUUGCUAUUUUCGUUGGCUUCAAUAACCACCGAGAGACCAUUGUUUUUGGAGCUGCAUUGAUGUAUAAUGAAACAACCGAUUAG